AUGUCCGCUAACCCACCGCCGUCACAGGAGAGUGGUGUCAGCAAACCGUCGACACUGCCUGCGCACGAACGGGAAGAUGACGGCGUACCCGCUCGCGACGAGGCUUCGGUGCUCGCUAACCCCAGCCUUGCUACCUCAGCGCAGCCCGGAGGGAAAGACUCCUCCGCGGUUUCCUCGCUCAAGAGCCGCCGGCGCCGCAAAGGUCGACGGCACGCUGCGCCAGCGCCGAGUCUCGCUUCCGAGUCGCAUGGAAGCGGCUUCGUCGUUUGGGAGCCGACCCAAUCGACGCCUGCGCCGGCCGUGGUCGAGCCGCUGCCUGCGGACGAGUCGCAGCAGCGCGCGUCGCCGGCUCCUGACAAGCCUGCUCCAGAGACAGCGUCUACGUACGACGAAGUCAGCAGAUCUCGGACGCCAACUAGCGACCAAGCGGUCAGCACACGUUCAACUGCAGCCAGCACUGCACUGACAUCGCCUGCGCCGCCGUCCGUGAUUCCGACAUGCAUCGAGCCUUUUCAGCUACCGGUCCUGGUGAAGGUUUCACCUCUCAAGGACACGACCCUCAAAAAACACUACAUGCAAGAUGAAAUCUACGACGACCAUCCUGCCACAGAGGGUAACGUUGUCGCCACUGCGAACUCCGAGGCAACAAGACGAGCUUCAAGGGAGGUGACUGUGUGGCGAAGAUUGUCCGGGGCCAUUGAGGCAGCAUCCAAGGCCUCUGGAAUGGGAAUUCAGCGUUGGGCCGAAUGCCGGCAUCCGCCUGCCGCCAUUCCUGAGGGCAACGUGCAGCCUCCGUUGAAGCAACGGGAUGGUAAAGUCAAGUGUGUCACACUGGCAUCACUACUAGCACUGGUCCUAGCUGUGGCUACGACGCUAGUGGCGAUAUUAUUAUUGCGAAAGAAGGACGACACCACUGCCGACGGGAUAGAAGUCUGCUCGACGGUUGACUGCGUUGACCACGCACGCAUCCUGGCCCUCAGCGAGAGCCAAGCAAGCACAUCGUGCGGCAACUUCGGUCAAUACGUCUGCUCCGGCUGGACGCCGAGAUACCGCAAGCUGGCACGAACUGUUCUAACCGAGGUAACAGUUGACUGGAUGGAGACCUUAGUGCGCUCCAGCCCCCGUGUCCAUAGCCCAUCAAGCGUGCUGGACAGACCCCUGAACAUGAUGCGCAAGUGUGUCGAGAAAACGGGCAGCGAAGACCGUGCUAUCGACGAAUUCGUGAAGUUUGUGAACGGUCGCACUUUUUCAUGGCCUACGGAAGAAUGGAACGAUACGGAAGUGGUCCCGAGUUCUCGCGCUCUCAGUGCUUUGGUGGAGCUGGCCGUGUUGUGGGGACUUCCGCUGUGGUUUCGCCUCGACGUUUUUCCCAACUUCCUUGCGCGUCCCGAGAGCGUCGUAGCCAUAUCGCCGUCAGUGUUUCCACGAAUCUACGUGAAUUUGCAGCAACAGAUCAUGCAGUACGAUGAUGUCUACCCUCUAUAUGUGCAAAGAUUCAUUGAUGUCAUAUUCAGCCGUCGGCCAGCAGCACGUGCGUUCGAAAACUUCAUAAGGGGACGAGCAAAUAUGCAGAGCCACGUCUUCGGAAACUUGAGCGCUGCCAUAGAAGCGCAAUUCAUUACACCCAGGAUUUUCACUGUUGAACUCUUGGCAGAAACUGUGAAGAACUUAAGCGCCGAGGACUGGACGGUGGCUUUGCAACAUGCUAGCAAGGUGAUGUUGACAAAUGAUACCCUAGUGUUCGCUUCGAAUGAGCAUAUUCUGGCGGCAAUGAACUCCAUCUUUCGUUCAUAUUCUGCCCGAGAGGUCUGGUUCCACACAGUUUGGUGGUUCGUGCAGGCUGUUGGUAUUGUAAUCAGCAACUCGAUCUCCACAGAACUAAGCAUUCACCCACUCGGAAGUGCCUUCCUGGCGAUCAUGUGCACAGUGCACGUAGAUGAGCCGUAUGGUGCUCUUAUUGCCGCUGGCUACAGAAAGUUACUGGCUCCUGCUGAGCAGUUGAAAAUCAGGCACAUCAUGGAACAUAUUCACGAUGUUGCAGUGGAGAAGGUGCGCUCGUCUUCCACGCACGAUCUCAGUACCAGAUCAUCGCUAGCCGACCUCAUCGGGAAAACCAGAGGCCUCAUAUGGCCAGAGCGCGGUUUCGAUAGCCUCGAUGCGCUGGAGCAAAUUUACGGUCCAGCAGAGAACGAUACGGACACUUUCUUUGAGGAGUGGCUGCAGAGCCGUCAGCAGCGGCAACGCGCCAGGAAUAACGCAUUCAACACGGACAUAAGUAGUGUGUUUUUGGCAGACAUGAAGUUAAUCACCUCGUAUUACGCUGUCACAAACGUCAUAUCAGUAUCGCCAGCUGUUCUGGCGCCUCCGUUGUUUUAUACCCACGGCACAAGUGCAAUGUUGUAUGGUGGUCUGGGCUACAUCUAUGCCGCCGAAAUGUUCCGUGCGGUCAACGUGCUCUCGCACCUUCUUAAAGGCGCCACUAUAGCUGCUCCUACUGAUAUCACCAGUCACCGUGCUUUUUGGAGCACGUUUUGGUGUUAUUACCCCAACAAUACCUACAGGCUAUACCCGGAUCUUCCAGCGGUGGACGUCGCUUACACAGCGUACGAGCGUUUUAGAGACCAAGACACAGAUCUUCCUCUUAAAGGCCUCGAGAGCUACAGCCCGGAACAGAUAUUCUUCAUAACCUACUGUCGCUCUGGUUGCUACGUGGGCUACGGAGGAAGCCCUAAAAAUCCCGUUUGUAGCGAAAUGUUGAAGGUUUCGCCACCAUUUGCAAAUGCGUUCAGCUGUCGUACUGUUCCAAAAUGCCGUUAUCUUUAGAAGCGCGAUUCCUCCACUUCAGCACAAUUUAUUGGAUUGAUAAUACUGUUUCUUGCUGUAAUAGAAACCGCUAAAUGAAACAUGGUACUUGAAAAUGUUAAGUACUUGCGGUUGAAUCCUGACUCGAUCGGAACAAUUCAGUCGACAAUAUUGAUUUCAUUUCUAUGCAAGCUUUGUGUGAUAAAUCAGUGUAUGUUGAUUCCUUACUGUUCAGCCCAACAUUUUGAUUUUUAAGCUUCUGUGCUUGUGUAGUCACGUAAGCAACCGCAUAUCGAUACCUCUCCGUCUCUGUGACACAAAUUUUUUGUGUGCACUGCGGUUCAGCGCAAGCACAAUGUAAACUUCUAGGAUGGAACAAACUUGGGAACAAUCUCUGUAACAAUAGCGUAAAAGUAGUAUCAAACUGAAAAGAUAAAAAACAGGCUUCAUGCACCUCAUCAAAGUGUGUAUAUAAUAUAAUGCUGGUGCAAUGAG